GGAAAAUGCGGGGCCUGUACCAGGCUGCUGGCCGGAUUCUCCUUACUCUGGGGACCCUCAGUGUGUUUUCAGGAGUGAUUGCUUUCUUUCCUGCUUUUUCUUACAAACUUCGGUUCAUAGGAUGGAGUGUCUGGAUCGCUUGUCCCAUCUGGAAUGGAGCAUUGGCCAUCACAACUGGUAUACUGCUAAUGUUGGCUCACAAAAAAUGGACACAGAGACACCUGUGGGAAGCUAGUUUCACCUUUGUGAUUUUGAACAUUCUUGGAUGUCCACUUCAUUUUGCAAUAGCCUUAGAAUCUGCACUCCUUGGACCAUAUUGCUUCUACUCAUUUGCAGGGAUUACAGGAACUAAUUACCUUGGUUAUGCGGUUGCCUUUCCUUUCCCAUACACAAAAUUUCCAUCACUUUGUUUGGACCCACCACACAAUGAAGAAUAUCACCUGACACUCCAGGUCUUCGAUCUAUUUCUGAGUUUUGUCAUGUUCUGUGCAUCCCUCAUGGUGUUUAUCAAGCUUUCUGCAGGACUGAUCUGGAAUGGAUACGUAAACACUUCAAUUUCCUGGAGUUCUUUGCUUGAAGAAAUAUACGCCUAUGAGAACCAUCAAAUUAUCGGUAACUAUAACUUGUCAGCAUCAACAUUUAAUCUAGACAUUCGACUAACAUCGUAG